CCUAACAAGUCACAUAAUAAGUUGCGUGGACUCACUCUAUGUGCAAAAAUAGUGUUUAACCUUAUUUUUGAAUGUCUUCCUCAUUUCUGUACCCCACACAUACAAUUAUCUGCAAGGUCCCUCAGUCAAGCAGUGAAUCUUAAACACAGAUUCAAUCACAAAGACCAGGGAGGUUUUCCAAUGCCUCGCAAAAAAAAGGGCACGUAUUGGUAGAUGGUUGAUAAAAUGAAAGCAGACAUUGGAUACCCCUUUGAGCAUGGUGAAGUUAUUAAUUACACUUUGGGUGGUGUAUCAUUGCACCCAGUCCCUACAAAGAUACAGAAGUCCUUCCUAACACAGUUGGCGGAGAGUAAGGAAACCACUCAGGGAUUUCAUAAUGAGGCCAAUAGUGACUUUAAAACAGUUACACGGUUUAAUGGCUGUGAUAGGAGAAAACUGAGGAUGGAACAACAACAUUGUAGUUACUCAAUACUAACCUAAUUGAAAAGAAGGAAGCUUGUACAGAAUAAAAAUAUUCCAAGACAUGCAUCGUGUUUGUAACAAGGCACUAAAGUAAGACUGCCAAAACCAUUUGCAAAGCAAUUAUAAUUUUUUUCCUGAAUACAAAGUAUUAUAUUUGGGGCAAAUACAAAACAACACAUUACUGAGUACCACUCUCCAUAUUUUCAAGCAUAGUGGUGGCUGCAUCAUGUUAUGGGUAUGCUUGUAAUCAUUAAGGACUGAGGAGUUUUUCAGGAUAAAAAAUAAAUGGAAUGGAGCUAAGCACAGACAAAAUCCUAGAGGAAAACCUGGUUCAGUCUGCUUUCCACCACACUGGGAGAUUAAUUCAAAUGACAAUUAAAUCAAUUUUAAUUCCUAAUUUUGUGGAAAAGUUCAAGGGGUGUGAACACUUUCUGAAGACACUUUAUAUGAUUGCUUACAUGGUAUAUGAUUGUUCACAUGGUACGCUACAUUGCCAAAAGUAUGUGGACGCCUGCUCGUCAAACAUCUCAUUCCAAAAUCAUGGGCAUUAAUAUGGGAAGGCUUUCCACUAGAUGUUAGAACAUUGCUGCAGGGACUUGCUUCCAUUCAGCCACAAGAGCAUUAGUGAGGUCGGGCACUGAUGUUGGGUGAUUAGGCCUGGCUCGUAGUCGGCGUUCCAAUUCAUCGCAAAGGUGUUCAAUGGGGUUGAGGUCAGGGAUCUUUGCAGGUCAGACACGUUCUUCCACACCGAUCUCAACAAACCAUUUCUAUAUGGGCCUCGCUUAGUGCACAGGGUUAUUGUCCUGCUGAAACAGGAAAGGGUCUUCCCCCAAACUGUUGUCAAAAAUUGGAAGCACAGAAUCGUCUAGAAUCUCAUUGUAUGCUGUAGCGUUAAGAUUUUCCUUCACUGAAACUAAGGGGCCUAACCCAAACCAUGAAAAACAGACAAUUAUUCCUCCACCACCAAACUUUACAGUUGGCACUAUGUAUUGGGGCAGGUAGUGGUCUCCUGGCAUCUGCCAAACCCAGAUUCGCCAGAUGGUGAAGUGUGAAUCAUCACUCCAGAGAAUGCAUUUUCCAUUGCGCAUAGUGAUUUUUGGCUGUGUGUUGCAGCUCGGCCAUGGAAACCCAUUUCAUGAAGCUCCCGACGACGAGUUCAUGUGCUGACGUUGCUUCCCGUUCUGUGAGCUUGCUUGGCCACUUUGCGGCUGAGCUGUUGUUGCUCUGCACUUUACAAUAACAACAUUACAGUUGGCCGGGGCAGCUCUAGCAGUGCUGAAAUUUGACGAACUGACUUAUUGGAAAGGUAUCAUCCUAUGAUGGUAACACGUUAAAGUCACUGAGCUCUUCAGUACGGGCCAUUCUACUGCCAACAUUUGUCUAUGGAAAUGUCAUGGCUCUGUGCUCGAGUUUAUAAACCUGUCAGCAACGGGUGGAGCUGAAAUAGCUGAUCCACUGAUUUUAAUGGGUGUCCACAUACUUUUGGCCAUGUAGUGUAGUUCACAUGGUAUAUGAUUCUUCAGUCUGGACACAUUAUUGAUACAGACUGUGUGAUUUGCAUAUGAUAACAUUAGUAUUGAACAAAUAAACAAAUUAAUAUAAUACUGAAUUACAUUGUGUUCGUUCCUUGAUCACCUAAAUAUCUGAUCAGUCUCUAAAUUCCACUCAGGGAUAAAAUGCUGAAAGGAGGUGUUUCAAUGUUUGCUUAACUCCAUGUUCUUACGUUCCACAAACACUGAACCUGCAGUGCAAACCAGGCUAUCUGAAAACAGAUGGUAGACUGUUAUAUAAGUAUUUGGAUUUGUUGGACAGGAUGAAAUCAUGUUUGAUUUCGACACCUAAGUGACAGCUUUUACCUCUGGACAGUUCCACAUUUAAACAACGAUGGACUGCAAAUGUAUCUAGUGCGUUGAGUCGAGUUCUGACUAAUGGAUUGAGAGUAACGAAUGUGCUUGUACGUCUGUGAGGAGGGUGCCACCUGAGCAGACAGUCACCCAGCUCAACUAUAUAAAGGCUGGCCAGACCAAGAAGGGGCCAAGAAGCAGCUCCAGGGAGCCAAAGAGAGAGAAAAACAGCAGAGAUCUACCUACGCACAGCAGGCAGCCAGGCACAGACUCCCCCUUUCUCACCGACACUCAACAGAGGGAACACAGGAGGUCAAAAGAUGAAAGGCACCCACUCUUUCGCUGGACUUCUGCUCUUGAUCAUUGCUCAGAGCAGCUUGCAAAUCCCGCAGGAGGACACAGAGGACAACUCCAGCCUAUUGACAGAGGACUCUAUGUUCAGUGAGCCAAGGGAGCUUUCGAACACGAAGAGACAUUCAGAGGGAACAUUCUCUAACGACUACAGUAAAUAUCUCGAGUCGAGACGAGUGCAAGACUUUGUCCAGUGGCUAAUGAACUCGAAGAGAAGUGGGGGUCCCAUCAAACGACAUGCAGAGGGUACCUACACCAGCGACGUGAGCUCCUACCUGCAGGACCAGGCAGCCAAGGAGUUUGUGUCCUGGCUGAAGAAUGGCCGAGGCAGACGAGAAUAGGGCUCCUCUACUCAGUCACAGAGUCCCAGUGUCUUAUGUCUUAUGAGCCCCCAGUCAAGAGAGAAUGCAACUCAUCCAGAAUGACUCCCCCCUGUUCAAUUUCCUGUUUCAUAACCUGUAUCCUCCUUCCUCUGGUCAUGCUAAUAAAUCCCCCGACAAGAAAUUGUGUUGCCUGUCAAUUGCUUUUGGUUUGUUAACAUAAAAUGGUGACAUACUGUAUUAACUAAAUGCUUCACUUUGUACUUCAAGGGCAAGAUUUUCAGUGUUAGGAGGGGAACAAGGUUAAACAGGUUAAAAAUGUUGGUGAAACUGGCCCAAAAUCUGUAGUCU